AUGGAUGCCCGAAUCGGGCUGGAGUACAUCAUCGAGAACAACGACUACGUGAACAAGUUGGGUCUCGCGCUCGACACCAACAAUGUCACGGUUAAGAAGCAAAUUUUCGAGCUGCUGUCGACGCUGUGCGCCUUCAGCGGCAACGGGUACAAGCGGGCCAUCGAAACACUCGAGCACUACAAGAACAUCAAAGGUGAACGGUAUCGGCUGAAUCUGGUCGUGGCCGAGCUGGACAAGGCGACCGCCGUGGAAUACCAAAUAGCGCUGCUGGCGUUCGUCAACUGCGUCAUCAUUUCGGCCGGUUCGCUCAAGGAUCGGAUACGAAUGCGCAACGAAUUUAUCGGAUUAAACCUCAUACCAGUAUUAAAUAACUUAAGGCGCACGGCCAGCGGCGUACCGGAUAUAGCCUCACAGAUUGAGGUAUUCGACGAGCAGCAAGAAUGCGACGUAGCCCAGAGCCUCCAGGUGCCGGACGGAAUCGACCUCAACUCGCAUCUGGAUGUCUUUAACGCGAUCCUAGCCCAGGUGGCCGGCACACCGCAAGCAACGCCUUUUCUAAGCAUCCUCCAGCACCUGCUGCAGAUCGACCCGAAGGAGCAGAUCAGCGACAUCGUGUGGGACACGGCCGAAACGCUCGUGCACCGGGCGACGCUGCUCGAGGACCGCGAGGCGUCGGUGCGGCUCCUGCGAACCCCGAGCGUGCAGAAGUUCUUCACGACGUGCCCGCACUGCCGCGGUGACCUGAACACCGGCCCCGUCCCGCGCCGUCCCUCGCUCGGCAGCACCCUGCAGGCGGCGUCGUCCCCGAGCAGCACCACGUUCGGUUCGGCGCCUCCGCCACCCCCCGCACCGCCGCCACCGUCGUCUGCUCCUCCACCGCCACCUCCACCGGGCUGUGGAGCGCCUCCGCCGCCUCCACCACCGCCCACCGCCGGCGGUCGAGCGCCACCACCGCCACCGCCCCCGAUGGCCGGUGGUCCGCCGCCGCCAGCUCCGCCGGCACCGCCGGCACCGAACCUGCUGGCCGUCCAGAGCUCCGCCCAACAGUUGGCCCGCUCGAAGACGCCCGAGGAGCCGGCGGAGCAGCUGGUGCGCCCGCUGCCGCAACAGGAAACGCCCGUGCCGCGGUCUAAGAUGAAGACCAUCAACUGGAACAAGAUUCCGCCGCAGAAGGUGCUCGGCAAGCAGAACAUCUGGUCGAUCGUGGCCGACUCGCACCAGGGCAGCCCGAUGGCCGACCUGAACUGGGACGAGAUGGAGGGUCUGUUCUGCCUGCAGACGCAAACGCAGGGCUCACCGAAGCUCGGCCAUCGCUCGGGUACGGCGGCCGGGCCCGGUGCCGGCGGUUGCGGCGCCGAUGGCACUGGCAGCAACGGUGCCGAUACGCCCGAUGCGCGCAAGUCACGCAAGGAGAACGAGAUCACGCUGCUGGACGGCAAGCGGAGCUUGAACGUGAACAUCUUCCUGAAGCAGUUCCGCACCACGAACGAGGACAUCAUCCAGCUGCUCCGGAACGGCGAACACGAGGACAUCGGGGCGGAGAAGCUGCGCGGUCUGCUGAAGCUGCUGCCCGAGAUGGACGAGCUGGAGAUGCUGAGGGCGUUCGACGGCGACAACCAUCGGCUCGGCAACGCGGAAAAGUUCCUGCUGCAGCUCGUCCAAGUGCCCAACUACAAACUGAGGAUCGAAAGUAUGCUGCUGAAGGAGGAGUUCAAAGCGAAUCUGAUGUACUUGGAGCCCAACAUUAACGCCAUGCUGUAUGCGGGCGAAGAUCUGAUUAACAACAAAGCGCUGCAGGAGGUCCUGUACAUGGUGGUGGUGGCCGGCAACUUCCUCAACUCGGGCGGGUACGCGGGCAAUGCGGCCGGUGUGAAGCUGUCGUCGCUGCAGAAACUUACCGACAUCCGGGCGAACAAGCCGGGCAUGAACCUGAUCCACUUUGUGGCGCUGCAGGCGGAGAAAAAGAACGCGGCCCUGCUCGAGUUCCCCGCCCAGCUGACGAUGCUGGAGAACGCAACCAAAACGACCGUCGAGCAGAUCAACAACGAGCUGGCCGCUAUCGACAAUCGGAUCAAAAAGAUCAAGAAGCAGAUCGAGAUGCCGAAAACGGACAAGGACAUCAAGUUCCAGAUGGAGGAGUUUCUGAAUGCGGCUGAGCAGGACGUCACGAUGCUGCAGCGGGCGCUGAAGCAGCUCGACGCGAUGCGCGUCCAGCUGGCGGAGUUCUUCUGCGAGGACGUGGGCACGUUCAAGAUGGAGGAGUGCUUCAAGAUUUUCCACAGCUUCUGCGAAAAGUUCCAGCACGCCGUGAAGGACAACGAGAAGCGCCGGGUGCAGGAGGAGCAGGCGACAAUCCGGCGGAAGCAGCGCGAGGAAACGCUCCGCAGGAGGCAAUCGAACCAACAACCGGGAACACCCGUGUCCGACUCGGAGGGCAGCAUCCUGCUGGACGCGUCCCAGUACGAUCUGCGCUACAGUCCGGCCAUGUCCCGGCGGCGGCUCGGGUCGUUCAACAGCAACGGUGACGCGUUGCUGCUGCGCGACGAGUGCGCCUCGCCGGACAUCACGCCGAACGGGAGCUUGCGGAGGCGACGCAGCCGCGUCCUGUCGGAGGAGGAUGAUAGUAAUCUCAUGGACUUUCUGCGCUCGUCCGGCCACGAGAGCAGCAACCGGGAGCGCAAGUCGGCCGCUUACGGUAGCCUCGAUCGAUCGUGGGCCCGCCGGGCCCGGUCCGGCAGUGGCAGCAAGAAGCGCCCGGAUCUGCUGAACGUGCAGUUCGGUGCCGACCGGGAGCGGCCCAGCUCGCCGUCGCCGCAGACCGAAUCGAAGCCGCUCGCCGUGGAAGAACCAAAACCGAGAAUUUCCAGGGAAUGGCGGCAGAAGAUUGAGUCGUGGCUGCAGGCGAACGAGCAGGACGAUCGGCACAACGACGACUACAAGCAGCUGAAGCUGAAGCGCGUGGCGGCCAACCGGCGCUCGUACGAAACCGACAACGAGAGCGACCGGGGCAGCAAGCUGGACCCGCUGCCGGAGGAGAAACCGCCGACGGUGGCAUCGCCGGAGCCAGCGGCCGUUCCGAGGAUCAUAACCACGGGCACGACAACGGCGGCGGCGGCGACGUCACCGACCGUGGACCAGCAGCGGAUGUUCGGCGGGGAAUCCAAACCGUACCGGCCCGUGUACCAGCCUUGGCGCUCCAAGAGCCGACCCGAUCCGACCGAUAUCGUCGGUACGAUAGAGGCCUUAACAGGUGCGGUCUCACCGGAUGCGGACAAGUCGUCGUUGCGCAAAUCGAUGCUCAACACCUCACCGACGACGACGACGACGGCGGCGGCGACGGAGAGCGACCGAGAGCGGUACCGGCGGCAGCGGUCACGCGAAGGGCCCAACCCGAGCUCCAGCUUGCAGUCGAUUCUGGAGGAGGACAAACGCAAGAACAUCAUUCAGUCGCUGGGCGAGCGGCCCCCGUCCGAUCGGCUGCAGAUCUACAUCCGGCGCGGUUCCGACAACCAGCCGGACAGUGCCGGCACCUCGCCGACCAACCACGGUGGCACCACGGAGGUUGCGCCGAUCGAGUCGACCGGCGGCGACGACCACCGGCAGUCGAUCUACAUUCGGGCACCGGGCGCCGAAAAGCAAUCCAUUUACGUCCGCCCGACCGAAGCCGCUCCACCGUCGUCUAGCACCGUAUCGUCCAGCACGACCAGUACGACCUCGGGCUCGGAGCUGCUCGUGCCUGCCGACGGUGGCAGCAGCACGUCGCCUUCCUCGGCCGGAGCCGGCGCUCCGCCGUUGCCACGGCGCACGCGCCGUGCCCACCACGUGUACGAGGAGCCGACGGCCGUGACGAACAACAAGAUCGAGAUCGAUUCCGACAACAUCGAGACACCGCCCUCAAUCCGGCGCAAUCCGGGAGGCAGCACGAGCGUGACGGUCGGUGGAGGAUCGUGUCGCCGGUUGCACCACCACCAGGCCAACCGUGCGGGAGAGUCGGCCGACUCGAAGGAGACGCUCACCGACUCCGGUAAGGGCUCCGGCUCUUCGACGGGUGCGGCCGGGGCAUCAGCCGCCGCCAACGCCGUCGACCUGGUGGAAGUUCUCGGCGAUGGACAGUUUGAUCGAUUUUCAUCCGCCCGCCGCACGAGACGCUUCAAGCGGCCAAUCGAGCUGGGCACCGGGGCCGGUAGUGGCAACGAAACGACUACGACGGCCACGACGACGACGACGGCUUCCCCGUCACCGGAAUCGCCGCCAGACAGUCCGGCGCUCCGGCUUCCGGGCGGCGGUGUAUCGAGCCGCGCGACCGUACCGGGCACAACCGGGAAGGACGGUGUGAAGAAGGAGCAGGAACAACGCUUGAAACGGUGGCAGGACAAACUGAAAUCGUCCUCCUCGACGACGACGACGACGCCGUCGACGGUGGCGGGAAGCGGCCGGGACUCGCCCCGGUCACACGCCGAAGCCGUGCUGAAUCGGGCGAGCAAAAUCGGCCGCACCAUCAGCCGCAUCAGCCAGGAGGACGUCCGGGAGGCGAUCCGUGGCCUCAAGUCGCCCACACCCGAGCGCACCUGGAGCCCCACGAAGGACAUCCACUCCGGGUUGGUGAGCGGGGCGAAGGUGGCGGCAACCCACGAGCUGAACGACGAAGGAUUCGAGGAAACGCAAAGCCUCGUCUCGGACACACCGUCCCAGGGUAAGGAUAGUGUGUCGUCGUGCAACGAUUACGGUUCCGACACCAAGAGCAAGCGAUCGACGGUGCCGAGCGGUGGCAAGUUGGCCGCGGGGUCCGCCGAUUCCACACCCGGUGGACCUCUCAGCCGGGGUAAGGUAACCACGGGCAGCACCGGGCACCGGGCUCCAAGUAUGGCCAGUUUGUUGAUGGUGAAAAACGGUCAACCUUCGACGGGGACCAGCCUCGAACGCAGCCGUUCGCUGCGUGGCGCACCGCUUGGGGCACCCGCUUCAGCCGGCGGAGGCAACAAGAAUCUCUUGCCCCGCCGAACGGCCUCGAUGCGCCGGACAACGGGUGGGCCACCGGAGAGUGCUACGGCCGGCGGUGGACUACGCGCGUUGGCCGCCCUAUCGCAGGACGUUGAACGGAGCAACUCGCGGACGAGCCUGCGUUCGUCGCGCUCCUCGCUGAGCAGCGCGGUGUCGACCAACACCGUGCGCAAGGUACCGGCCUUGCGCGGCAAGGGCUCCACGACGACUCCGCUCUCUAACAACUCGAGCCCACUGCACGCCGCUUCCACGCUGUCCGCCAACAGUUCCCCUUCGAAGCGUCCGCUCGGCACGGCCACGAGCAACGUUCACCGCGGGGCACCGGCCAGCCGGAGCAGCUCCAGUGGCUCGAGCAUCGGACCCACGGCGGUCGUCAUCCGGAAGCCACCACCGACCCGCUCGGCGGCCAGUUCGCUCGGGGCUAGUGCUAGCUUUAAGGAGAAUCACCACAACGGCAGCAGCCACCAGACGAACGGGAGGUUUCAGUCGUCGGUCGGUAGCAAGUCAACCAGCAGUGGCAGUCUGGCCGGUUCCGGGGCCAGUGGUGUGAGCCCCACGCCGCUCGCUGCCGGCUCGGGACGUGCGUCCGCCGUUGGGGCGGCACCGGGGGCGAGUGCGGGCCGUCGGGCCACCGGGGGCUUCAUGCGUCCCACUACCUCCAGUGCCACCAAAGUGAAGGGAAAGUAAGGCGACGGUGUGGGACCGGUUUGGUCCUUUAUUUUUGCACAAUGUUUUUCCGGCUUUUCGAAGGAUUUUGCAGUUCCCUGCUUUUAUUGCGAAACUACCGUCCAUUUUAUUGUAUUUACGAGAGGAACGAAGUAUUUUGAGUUUUGCGCUUCGGGGCGCACGGAAUGGAUUCUGAAUUCUGUGGCCAUCACCGGGCCAAAGUCAUGCCAUGCCAUUGUUAGCGGUAUCGCAUCCGCCCAACUGUUACUUCCCGCUGGCCCCGCCGACAUCUUUACGAUACGCUUAUACUGUAGAAAACGGUGCUACUUUUCCGCCGGGAGCGACACGAGGACACUAGGCGGUCCAGGCGUAUCCGUCGGGCUCUCUAGCGGAUGCGCCAUUAUGUUUUGAAUGUUUAACGUUUGUUGCAUGCAGCAAUCAUAGCGAUAGAAACGAUAAACGAUACUAAUAGCAACUCUUGUAGCUCUCGAACUUGAACGCACGGCGCUGCAGCAAAGGCGCAUACGAAGCGCAACGAAACAAGUAUUAUUCUCUAGUGUGAACUGAUCGAAUAUUUGCAGACCAAUAGUGGUAAUAGCGGCGGCGCGCGUUGUUAGCAAUGUUAGGAGGCGUUAUUUAUUUACCCAAACUACAUGUCCCCGUGCCUGAGAUGUCCGUCGGUUCCGGUUGUAGAUCCCGGUGAUCGGUUCUCGGCCAUCCCGUAGCCAAUAGAUCAGCACCGCGUUAAAUCGUUGGCACCCCACCCCGUAAUCGUGUGGAUUAAAGUGUAAACAUAUAUAGCAUAUAUAUAAAUAUCGUUAGUAGAAAAGUAGAUAGGUUCUAGAUAGCGAGUGUUCGAAGUACCAGAUAGCGAUGGGUGGUGGCAGCGGGCCAGGGCAAGUGUGCCCCUCGCGGUCCCCGUCAUCGCGUCCAACGAAUGAACUAAGGGCCGUCGAUCGUAAUCGUGUAGUGAAUCGGUUUUGUAUGUUAGGUAAAUCAACUAAAAACAAAAAGGAGAUAAACGAAUCAUUACGAUCCGUGGAAGAAGCGUAAAAGACCGCGUAAAAAUUAAAAGUCCUUCCUCCUUUCGAUUCUAAACACCAAUUCUAACCAAUUUAACAAUACACAAAGUUACGGACAUUUCCUUUUGACUCUUUCCCAAUUGGACGUACGAAUUUUUGCCUAAAUCAUAUGUCAAGCUCUAUGUUUAACUCUUUCGGUGCGGCGUUUCAAAAUUUAUAAUCAAAAUUUAAUAAUGGGUAGUUGUAUGAAACAAAAAAAAAUGUGGAUGAAACAGUCAAAAGCGAGUUACGUGCUUCUUUCCAAUCAACAUCGACGUUAAGCAAAAUGUAUCGACUGUUACGAUAAUAGGAAGCUGUCCUGUUUAAUCGCUGUUUAAAAUCAAACCCCAACAACGGCAGCAGAGCGCUACUGCCGCGCGCCCAGGUACUAAUCCGUUAGACUAACUCGGCGCAAACGGAGGACACAAGGACAAUACAACAAACAGCGGGCGAAGUGUGAAAUGUGUUGGGGAAUUUUGAAAAGUUAACGUUCGCUAGAAAACGACGAUUGUAAUGUUGCGGGUUGUAAGAUUGUAUUGUUGCGGGUUGUUAUUUGUUUUUCUCUGCCUUGCCUGCCCUUUCUCAAUUUUUCCCCCU